GGACGCUGGUAUGACAUAUGGCAGUGAUCAGGACAUUACCACAAGGUAUGACAGUGAUCAGGACGCUGCUAUGGGGUGUGGCGGUGAUCAUGAUACUUGUAUGGGGUAUGGUGGUGAUGAAAAUGCUAGUAUGGGGUAUGGUGGUGAUCAGAAUGAUGGUAUGGAGUAUGGUGGUGAUCAGAACGCUGGUAUGGAGUAUGGUGGUAAUCAGGAUGCUGGUAUGGGGUAUGACAGUGAUCAGGACAUUGGUAUAGCAUAUGGGGUGAUCAGGAUGCUGGUAUGGGGUAUGGUGGUGAUCAGGACGCUGGUAUGGGGUAUAGUGGUGAUCAGGACGCUGGUAUGGGGUAUGACAGUGAUCAGGACACUGAUAUGGGGUAUGGUGGUAAUCAGAACGCUGGUAUGGGGUAUGACAGUGAUCAGGACACUGGUAUGGCAUAUGGGGUGGUCAGGACGCUGGUAUGGGGUAUGGUGGUGAUCAGGACGCUGGUAUGGGGUAUGGUGGUGAUCAGGACGCUGGUAUGGGAUAUUUUGGUGAUAAGAAUGCUGGUAUGUGCUAUGGCAGUGAU